CUGAGAAACUCUGUAUGACAAAAACAAACUGCAGAACUGCAAGUAAGAAUGGCAUCAGGAUAUAAAGAGCCUGAUGAGUUGAGGAUUGUGCUGCUGGGAGUCUCUGGUGUUGGAAAGAGUGCAACAGGAAAUGCAAUUCUGGGCAGAAAAGUAUUUAAAGAGAGCAACACACCAGUGAGUGAACUACAGAGAGGAACAGUAGAAGACAGAAACAUCUCAGUGAUCAAUACUCCAGGAUUCAACAACACUAAACUGACUGAUGAAGAGCUGCAGAAUGAAAUGAUGAAGAGUCUCUCUCUUUCUCAUCCUGGUCCUCAUGUCUUCCUGCUCAUCAUCAGACUGGACAGAUUCACUGAGAAUGUGGAGAAGAUUGUACAAAAGAUUCAGGAGAACUUUGGAGAAGAAUAUUUGACGUUCACCAUGGUGCUGUUUAUCGGACGGGAAAAUAUGUCCAGAAGAGAGUUUAAGCGAUUUAUUGAGGAUGAAAAAACAAAAGAAUUGCUGAACUAUUUUAAAGGAAGAUAUCAUGUGAUAAACAGCAAAAAUGAAUGCGGUACAAAUCAGAUCAUAAAGCUGUUGCAGAAUAUUGAUGAAAUGGUGUGGAACAAUAAAGGAGAACAUUACAACAAUGAGAUCUACCUAAAGACUCAGAAUGAACUCAGAGAAGAUAGAAAGAGAAAGAAACGAGAAGAGUUGAUAAAAAGACACAUGUUGAUCGGGGAAACACAAGAGAAUGUUAAGGAAAAACAAUAUGACAUUCCAAUUCAUUCGUCUGAGUUGAGGAUUGUGCUGCUGGGAGCCUCUGGUGUUGGAAAGAGUGCAACAGGAAAUGCAAUACUGGGCAGAGAGGUGUUUAAAGAGAGCAGUACACUAGUGAGUGAACUACAGAGAGGACGAGUAGAAGACAAAAACAUCUCAGUGAUUGACACUCCAGGAUUCAACAACACUGAACUGACUGUUGAAGAGCUGCAGAAUGAAAUGAUGAUGAGUCUUUCUCUCGCUCAUCCUGGUCCUCAUGUCUUCCUGCUCAUUAUCAGACUGGACAGAAUCAUAGAGGAUGUCAAGAAGAUUGUACAAAAAAUUCAGGAGAACUUUGGACCACAAGCUUCCAGAUUCACAGUGGUGUUGUUUACUCAAAGACAGGAAAUGUCCAAUAGAGAAUGGACUGAAUUUAGGCUAGAUAGAAAAACCAGAGAACUUCUAAGCUACUGUGAAGCAAAAUAUCAUUUGUUAAUUCAUAAAAACAAGCGAGAUAGGAGCCAGAUAUUAAGCCUUUUGAAGAACAUAGAUGAAGUAGUGAGGAAGAACAGAAGAGAACAUUACACUAUAGAGAUCUUCAUGAAGAUCAGAGAGGAGGAGAGGAUGAGAAAAGAGGAGGAUAGGAAGAAAUGUCGAAAAGAGAAAGAAAGAAGAGAGCAGGAGAAGGCAAUAAACCUAGAGAGGGACAUAAAUUGGCAAGAAAAAGAAGUGAAGAAGAACAGAGCAGAGGACUGGAGGCAAGAGGAGGUCAGUAAAGAGGAAGGGUGGAAUGGAUUUCAAAGAAGAAGAGAGAAAUUUGAGAAAGACAGACUGUACCAACCAGAAAGAAAAUCUCAACACACUGAGGGACGUCAAAGAGAAAAAGAACUAGAAGGAUUGAUUUUGGAGAGGGAGAAAAGAACUAAACAAGAUCUGAGGAUUGUGCUGCUGGGUAAGACAGGAACAGGAAAGAGUGCAACAGGAAACACCAUCCUGGGCAGAGACUUAUUUGAAUCUUCUUCUUCAGCUGAGUCCCUCACUAAAUCCUGUGAAGCAUUCAGUAAAGUGCAAGCUGAUAGGACCAUCUCAGUCAUCGACACUCCAGGGGUUUUUGAUACAUCAAAGCCUGAAGAGCAGGUAAAGGAUGAAAUAGUGAAGUGUGUCUGCAUGUCUGCUCCUGGUCCUCAUGCAUUCCUACUGGUGGUCAGAGCGGAUGUGAGAUUCACAGAUGAAGAGAAGAACACAGUGAAAUGGAUUCAGAAGAACUUUGGAGAAACUGCUGUGAACUACACCAUCAUUCUGUUCACUCAUACCGAACACCUGGGGGAUAGAGAUAUGUCUGUGUUUCUUAAAGAAAGUGAAAAUCUCCAAUCACUGGUUAACAGCUGUGGUGGCGGAUGUCACUCACUCAACAAUGUGGACAAAGAAAACCGAGAUCAGGUCACAGAACUGCUGAUGAAAAUUGACAAAAUGGUGGAGAGAAAUGGAGGAACGCACUACACCAAUGAGAUGUAUGAAGAAGCCCAGAAAACUAUUGAAUGGGAGAAUUUCAAACAAAAAGCAACAAACGUUGGUAAAAUUGCGCUAGUAGCAUUAGGAGGAGCAGCAGCAGGAGGUGCAGCCGUUGUAGCAGCAGGAGGAGCAGCUGUAGGAGCAGAAGUAGUAGGAGCAACAGCUACAUUUUUACAAUCAGACAUAAGCAAAGCAGCAAUGAAAAUGAUAGCCAACGCAGCAGCAGCAGCAGUAAGGAGAAAGCUAGAUGAGAUGACUAAAUAGCAGUCUUGGGGCCCUAUUUUUGUAAGGUGCUACAUGCUACAACCGUCUGGUACAUUUAAUCCAAUUAUUCUGAGAGCUAUACAUCUAAGUGCAAUAUUUGUUUCAUGGCAACACACAGCUGGGGGUGUAUGGAGGCAUUUGCAUGAUAGACAUUAAAAAUUGAAUAAAUAUUCAGUUAACCUUAGCUAACAUUACAUUUGUUUCUUCUCACUGACGUGUACACUUAAGCAGAGACAUAUACUGACAUACUCUGUAUGCAUAUAUAUGUUUUUUUCCAAACCACAUGUCCUGUCUGGGCAAAAUGUAUAAAUUAGUAUACUACUGCUUUGUAUUAUAUAAAAACUUUAUUAAAUAGUACAUUUUAAAAUAGUAUAUAACAUAGUGGGUAAGUAAAUGGCAACACACUGUAAAGUGAGUUGAUCAUUUUUACAAGCAGUUUUAUUACAAUCAUCAAGUCAAAAGACAAUUUAAAAUAUCAGCGUAAAUAAAAAACAUAAUUUAGGAGCAGUCCUCUGCAUCAGAAGAAGGGAAAGAAACAGGACAGUGAGAAAGAACUCACAGACCAGCUGGGAGAGAAGGAGCAGUAAGUCAAUAAGACUGUCCUUGAAUGGUAUAAUAAAACUCUUAUUUAACUAAAUCACAACUACUGACAAAAUAUUCAACCAGAAACAGGCAAUUCACCACUACAGUAUAUAAGUAUUCCUAUUAAAAACAUAGUAAAUUAUAUUCAUAUUCAACCUUUAAAAUAACUUGACUGAAAGAGUUUGAGUCUAAAGAAAUAGCAUUUCAUCCAAGCAGUAGUGAUAUGACGUUUGACACCGAAGCAGCGAAGCUUGUGUCAACAAAAUGACACAUUCCACAUUAAAUCACUAUAUCGGAGCUUGAUUCAUUUUUGCUAAAAAAACAAAAAAACGAACACGUGAUCUGUGAUCUGUGAUUGGGGAGUAACGGAAUACAUGU